UUUGCGGAAGAAGACAAAACUUGAGGGGUUUUCUCGUAAUGUUCCCCCUCUACUUUGAUUUUCUCUGCUCUGUCUCAGAGCACUCGGGAGCGUCACUUUCUUUCCCUUGUUCUAUCAUAAUUUUUAAUUUUUCUUCCUGUUUUACUUUUCUCUCCUCCGACUGGCGUUCCGAAGGAGAGAUCUCAGUCGUUCGAUCCAUCAAGGAUAUGCUUUGACUUCUCUGCAGAGCAGAUGAUAUAAUAUAUAGCUUAGAAUUUAGUUUCAGUACAGACAAUAUUGUACAAAAAUGGGGCGUCUAAAGCUGCAGUCUGGAAUCAAGGCAAUUGAGGAAGAACCUGAGGACUUUGAUGCUACUUAUUCAAACAAAGCUACUUUAGCAUGCAUGAUUAAUUCAGAAGUAGGCUCUGUAUUGGCAGUCAUGAGGAGAAAUAGAAAUGUAAGAUGGGGGGGUCAGUAUAUGUCUGGAGAUGAUCAGCUAGAAAACUCCUUGCUCCAGUCUCUGAAGACAUUACGGAAACAAAUCUUCUCAUGGCAUCAUCCAUGGCAUACCAUCAACCCUGCUGUGUAUCUCCAGCCGUUUUUAGAUGUGAUUCGAUCGGAUGAGACUGGUGCACCAAUCACUGGUAUUGCUUUGUCAUCAGUCUACAAGAUCUUAACGGUUGAUGUGAUCAAUCAAGAUACUAUUAAUGUUGAAGAGGCUAUGCACUUGGUAGUAGAUGCUGUAACUAGUUGCCGCUUUGAAGUGACUGAUCCUGCAUCAGAAGAAGUGGUGCUGAUGAAGAUACUUCAGGUUCUUCUGGCUUGUAUGAAAAGCAAAGCAUCUGUCGUGUUGAGUAAUCAGCAUGUUUGUACCAUUGUAAACACUUGUUUUCGUAUAGUUCAUCAAGCAGGAUCAAAAGGUGAGUUGUUACAACGCAUAGCUCGUCACACGAUGCAUGAGCUUGUUAGGCGUAUUUUUUCACACCUUCCAGAUAUUGGUAACACAGAGCAUGCAUUGGUCAAUGGAGUUGCUGUUGUUAAGCAGGAGAUUGGUGGGGUAGAUAAUGAUUAUGCGUGUGGAAGCAAGCAAAUGGAGAAUGGCAAUGGUAACUCUGAAUAUGAUGGUCAACAGUCCUCAGCAAAUUUUGUUUCUGCUACAGGUGUGAUAGCUAAUGUAUUGGAUGAAAAUACAAUUGGGGCUGGCACCGGAAAGGAGGCUUUUUCAUAUGAUUUGCAUCUCAUGACUGAGCCAUAUGGAGUCCCUUGCAUGGUGGAGAUAUUUCACUUUCUUUGCUCUUUAUUAAAUGCUUCAGAGCAUAUGGCAACGGGUUUGAGGUCUAAUACUUUAGCAUUUGAUGAAGAUGUGCCGCUUUUUGCCUUGGGCUUGAUUAACUCAGCCAUAGAAUUGGCUGGUCCUGCCAUUCGCUUUCACCCAAGAUUAUUGAGUUUGAUUCAAGAUGAAUUAUUUCGUAACCUUAUGCAAUUUGGUUUAUCCAUGAGCCCACUUAUUCUUUCAAUGGUAUGUAGCAUCGUGCUCAACCUGUAUCACCAUCUCUGCACUGAAUUGAAACUACAGCUUGAGGCUUUCUUUUCCUGUGUUAUUUUGCGGCUUGCACAAAGCAGAUAUGGGGCUUCAUAUCAGCAGCAGGAGGUUGCCAUGGAAGCUCUUGUUGAUUUUUGCAGACAGAAAACAUUCAUGGUGGAGAUGUAUGCUAACUUGGAUUGUGACAUAACCUGCAGCAAUGUUUUUGAAGACCUAGCUAAUUUGUUGUCAAAAAGUGCAUUUCCAGUGAACUGUCCUUUGUCUGCAAUGCACAUCCUUGCUUUGGAUGGUCUGAUUGCUGUUAUACAGGGAAUGGCUGAGAGGAUAGGCAAUGGAUUACUAAGUUUGGAGCAUGCUCCAGUAACUCUUGAAGAAUAUACCCCGUUCUGGAUGGUGAAGUGUGACAACUAUAGUGAUCCUAAUCAUUGGGUUCCAUUUGUCCGCCGGAGAAAGUAUAUCAAGAGAAGGUUAAUGAUUGGAGCUGAUCAUUUUAACCGUGACCCGAAGAAAGGAUUAGAGUUUCUCCAAGGAACACAUCUUUUGCCUGACAAACUUGAUCCCCAAAGUGUUGCUUGCUUUUUUAGGUACACUGCUGGGUUAGAUAAGAACCUUGUCGGUGAUUUCCUAGGAAAUCAUGAUGAGUUUUGUGUUCAAGUUCUUCAUGAAUUUGCCGGGACUUUUGAUUUCCAAGACAUGAAUCUGGAUACUGCUCUGCGGUUAUUCUUGGAAACUUUUCGGCUGCCAGGAGAAUCACAAAAGAUACAAAGGGUGCUUGAGGCAUUCUCUGAGAGAUAUUACGAGCAAUCACCGCAGAUUCUAGUAAACAAGGAUGCUGCACUUUUAUUAUCGUAUUCACUUAUAAUGCUUAAUACCGAUCAGCAUAAUGUACAGGUGAAGAAAAAGAUGACAGAAGAGGAUUUUAUUAGGAAUAAUAGGCAUAUCAAUGGAGGCAGCGAUCUACCACGAGAUUUCCUAUCAGAACUUUACCAUUCUAUUUGCAAGAAUGAGAUUCGCACAACUCCAGAGCAAGGUGCUGGUUUCCCUGAAAUGACCCCAAGCCGUUGGAUUGAUUUAAUGCACAAGUCUAAGAAAACAGCUCCAUUUAUUGUAGCUGAUUGCAGAGCCUACCUUGACCAUGAUAUGUUUGCAAUAAUGUCAGGCCCAACAAUUGCUGCUAUCUCUGUUGUAUUUGAUCAUGCAGAACAUGAAGAAGUUUACCAAACAUGUAUUGAUGGAUUCUUAGCUGUUGCCAAAAUUUCGGCGUGCCAUCAUCUUGAAGAUGUUCUGGAUGACCUUGUUGUGUCCUUAUGUAAGUUUACAACUCUCCUGAAUCCGUCAUCUGUUGAGGAACCUGUGCUGGCCUUUGGUGAUGACACGAAAGCCAGGAUGGCAACCGUCACUGUUUUCACAAUUGCAAAUAGGUAUGGGGACUAUAUUCGCACAGGUUGGAGAAAUAUUCUUGAUUGUAUCUUACGAUUGCACAAGCUCGGUCUUCUUCCUGCUCGAGUGGCCAGUGAUGCAGCUGAUGAAUCUGAGCUUUCUUCUGACCCUAGUCAUGGGAAGCCUCUUACGAACUCUUUGUCUUCAGCCCAUAUGCCACCCAUGGGAACUCCAAGAAGAUCUUCUGGAUUGAUGGGCCGGUUCAGUCAGCUCUUAUCUCUUGACACAGAGGAGCCAAGAUCACAACCUACUGAGCAACAACUAGCUGCUCAUCAACGUACCCUUCAAACAAUUCAAAAAUGCCAUAUUGACAGUAUAUUUACAGAGAGUAAGUUUUUGCAAGCUGAAUCCUUAUUGCAACUUGCGAGAGCACUCAUUUGGGCUGCAGGGAGACCCCACAAAGGGAACAGCUCUCCUGAGGAUGAAGAUACCGCCGUCUUUUGCCUAGAGUUGCUGAUUGCGAUUACCCUGAACAACCGAGACAGGAUUGUGCUUCUGUGGCAGGGUGUUUAUGAGCACAUAGCAAGUAUUGUUCAAUCAACUGUGACGUCUUGUGCCUUGGUAGAAAAGGCUGUUUUUGGACUUCUCCGAAUUUGUCAGCGGCUGCUUCCCUAUAAGGAGAAUCUGGCUGAUGAACUUUUGAGGUCCUUGAAUCUUGUCUUGAAGCUUGAUGCUCGGGUAGCUGAUACAUAUUGUGAGCAGAUUACUCAGGAAGUUAGUCGCCUUGUGAAAGCCAAUGCUACUCAUAUCAGAUCCCAAAUGGGGUGGCGCACAAUCACAUCUCUACUUUCCAUCACAGCACGGCACACAGAAGCUUCUGAAGUAGGAUUUGAUGCACUGUUGUUCAUCAUGUCAGAUGGAGCCCACUUGGUGCCGGCAAAUUAUGUUCUUUGUGUAGAUGCCUCAAGGCAGUUUGCUGAAUCUCGUGUUGGACAGGCAGAGCGAUCUGUGCGUGCAUUAGAUCUUAUGGCUGAUUCUGUUGAUUGUUUAGCAAGAUGGAGUCAUGAGGCCAAGGAAGCAAUGGGGGAGGAUGAAGCAGCAAAAUUGUCUCAGGAUAUAGGGGAUAUGUGGCUACGACUUGUGCAAGGACUCAGAAAAGUUUGUUUGGAUCAGAGAGAAGAUGUUAGAAACCAUGCUCUUCUAUCAUUGCAGAAGUGCUUGACAGGAGUAGAUGAGAUCCACCUUUCACACAGUUUGUGGCUACAGUGUUUUGAUAUGGUAAUCUUCACAAUGCUCGAUGACUUGCUUGAAAUAGCUCAGGGACAUUCUCAAAAAGACUACCGAAACAUGGAAGGGACACUUAUCUUAGCCAUGAAGCUGCUAUCAAAAGUGUUUUUACAGUUGCUCCAUGACCUCUCACAGUUGUCAACAUUCUGCAAACUAUGGCUUGGGGUCCUUAGCCGAAUGGAAAAAUAUAUGAAAGUAAAAGUGAGAGGUAAAAAAAAUGAGAAGCUUCUGGAAAUAGUUCCUGAUCUCCUUAAGAAUACUCUACUUGUAAUGAAGACAAGGGGAGUGCUUGUACAGAGAGGUGCAUUAGGAGGAGAUAGCUUAUGGGAACUUACAUGGCUACACAUGAAUAACAUUGUUCCAACUUUGCAAUCUGAGGUAUUCCCUGAUCAAGAUUCAGAGCAGUCACAAAAUAGGCAGAGUGAAGCAGUUGGAGGUUUGGUGUCUGAUCAGAUGACGUCUGUUCCAUCAAAUGAAACCUUGGCUUCAUAAGGUGCUAUACAAUGAGGUUAACAUAGCAUACAGUGCACGAGUAGCUGAAUUGAUUAGCUGUUGGAUGUUGUAAUGGUUCAUGAAAUGAUUGCUCUAUUACUGUUUUUGUUGGCUUUCUGUGCCUCUGUUAUUGGAUAUUCAUCAGAUUAUGGCAAGGAUCACCAAUGAUCACUAUUAAUACUUGAUGGAACAUCUUGAGGCAAAUGAGAGAUGAAAGAACGGAAUCAACGCGGUGAAGGGUUGUGAUCUUAAAGAACAGGAUGGCUUGGUUAAUCUUAAGAUGCCCCUUAUCUUUUGGUAAGUGUGUGUUCUCUUCGUUGCGUCAGUUGAACCUUCCCUAAAUGUACCAUCCGUAUCUAAAGUUCAGAUUUGUAUGAAAAUAUUAUAGUUCUCUAGGCUUCUUUCAUAGGGCAUUACGUUCUGGGAGGGUUCAAAUGACUUGAUUUUGUUAUUAUAAAAAUUCUGAAGGUAAGACAUUUACUAGUCUUUUGCCCUAGAGAAUUAGCCUGUAUGGUCGUAUUUGGUUUGCCAAUUGAUGCACGUCUCAUUGUAGAUGCUGUAAUUCUGUUAGUGGAUUUGAUUGAUAUGAGAUUGAUGUGCUCUAUUUUGGCUUUGA